UCAGAUGCAUGGUGAGUAUGUAUGGAGCUUGUCCGUCAUCACAGAGAGAGAGAGAGAGAGUUCAGAUGCAUGGUGAGUAUGCAUGGAGCUUGUCCGUCAUCACAGAGAGAGAGAGAGAGUGCAGAAUGCCAGUGUGACUCCUGGUGAAAAGAAAGGGUUAAAUCUCUCCUUUAGUGUGGUGAGUGAGUGUUCUCCUCAACAGCUGCUUUGCAUCUGGAGCCCAGAGAAAGAGAGGAUGGUGGGAUUGAUGUGGAGCGUUCUGAACGGGAACACUUUAGAUUCCGGACUCCUCAGUGACAUCAUGUGUGUUCUGGUUCCUAGCUCUAUGGUCCUUGUGUGCCAGAGGGUGCAGCCCACUGGGAGGACGACAAUGCUCCCUCAUCUGCAACCCAGACACCUCCUGCCUCUUCUUCUCCAUGUCAUUCUACUCUGCCUUCAUGCAACUGCCUGGCCCCACGAUUCCAGAGGUGUGGUGGAUGACAAGUGUCCCAGCUCAGAGUGGAACCACAUGUGUAGGGACUGUUGUGAGUACCAGCUGAUCCAGUGUAGAUGUCCUUCCCAGGGGGCACGGGUGGGCUACUCCGUUCCCUGCUGCCGCAACCAACUGGACCAGUGUGACCCCUGCAUCAUCCACCCUGGCUGCAGUCUGUUUGAGAACUGUAAAACCUGUCACAAUGGGACGUGGGAGGCCAAGGAUGAUUUCUUCAUCCGAGGGAGAUUCUGUACGGACUGUCGUCAGGGCUGGGCAGGUGGAGACUGCAAGACAUGUGGAGGGGUGAUUCGUCGAGCCCAGGGCCACAUCAUGCUGGAGAGUUACCCCAUCAAUGCGCACUGUGAGUGGAGGGUGCAGGUAGAGAGAGGGGAGAACGUGGAGCUCAGGUUCUCCAUGCUUAGUCUAGAGCCUGACCACAACUGUCAUUAUGACUACGUGGAACUGCGAGAUGGUGACAGCCUGAGCUCCCCCAUCAUUGGCCGGUUUUGUGGGAAUGAGCUGCCUCCACCAAUCAGAACCUCUGGAAGCAGGCUGCACGUCCUGUUUGUCUCCGAUGGCUACAACAACUUUGAUGGCUUCUUUGCAGCUUUUCAGCAGAGCUCAGCGUGCAGCCCCUCCCCUUGUCAGCACCAUGGAACCUGUUUGCUGAACCCAGUACAGUCUUUUCGCUGUGCAUGUCUGCCAGGCUACACAGGACAACUGUGUGAGAACGAGCCCAUUCGACCCAGUCAGAGGGGUGCAGACCCAGUCAGAGGGCUCGGGGUGUGUCCUCCUCCUGCCAGGCUGCACCAUGGCUACCUCCAGCUGGUCCGGGGCUCUGGAGGAGGUCCUGACACAGUGGACUACUUCUGUAACUCCUCCUACAUCCUGAGUGGAGGCUCCCGGAGCACCUGUCUCCCAGAUGGCUCGUGGAGUGGCCGGCAACCACUGUGUGUGAGAGGUAUACUGACAGCAAACAGCCAUUUAGAUAAAACACCUGCACAUGUUUAUCCACAUUUAUAAACUGACUUGUUCCAGCCCUGAAUGCUGAUUGGCUGACAGUCGUGGUUCCAGCCCUGAAUGCUAAUUGUCUGAAAGCCAUGGUAUAUCAGACAGUGUACCACGGGUAUAACAAAACAUACAUUUUUACUGCUCUCAUUACGUUGGUAACCAGUUUAUAAUAGCAAUAAGGCACCUCUGGGGUUUGUGAUAUAUAGCCAAUAUAUCACAGCUAAGGGCUGUGUCCAGGCACUCUUUGUUGCGUUGUGCAUAAGAACAGCCCUUAAGCAUGGUAUAUUGGCGAUAUAUCAUACCCCCUUGGGCCUUAUUGCUUAAAUAACAUCAGACUGUAUAGUGCUUUAGUGCUGCUGUUUAGGUUACUG